UGUUAGCGCCGCUCUUUUCCCGGUUCGUUUAAGUUUUAUGACAAGGCUGGAUGAACAACUCGCUGCAAGGUUAAAGUUUCAAUUCAUUUCACUGUAAACUUAUAUUUGUAUGUUACCAUUACAAUACACGUUCGGGCGUCUACUAUUCCUGUUUGCUAAUUUAUUAUUCAGGCUUCAAAUCUUGCGCAUGCUCAGUCUUCAGGGGGCAUUGAGUAACUUAUCUUGCUGAGAUAAGUUCAACAGAGUGCUGUCAGUUUUAAAAGCUGCCAGGAAACGAGCUGCAGUGAAGGAGAAGCUGAAGCUUUCAGUUAGAGGGACUUUUCCAGAGUUUUGGGUUGUUUGACGGACACACAUUAACUUUGGUAAAAAAGAUGAAGCUCGGUGGAGUAUGUGUGUUCCUUUUUUUGAUUGUGGGGGCCUGGGGUGACACACCAGCCAACUGCACCUAUGAGGACCUGCUGGGGACCUGGGUGUUCCAGGUCUCCAAGGGGGGACACGACCAGACCAUCAACUGCUCUGCUGAAGCUACAGGUGAGCGCUCGGUGACUGUGACCCUGGAGAAACUGUCUGUAGCCACAGACGAGCUGGGGAACACCGGCUUCUUCACCCUCAUCUACAACCAGGGUUUUGAGGUGGUCAUCGGAGGCUACAAGUGGUUUGGCUUCUUCAAGUACUCCCAGAAAGGCUCUGAAGUGACCAGCUACUGUGACCAGACCCUGCCUGGGUGGGUGCAUGACGUCCUGGGCAACAACUGGGGCUGUUUUGUUGGGAAGAAGGUGAAGUCAGUGCCGCUCCGGACAGACUACAAGCCCGUCCCGAACAUCAGGUUGCUCCAGAAGCCGUACAAACACAACCAGGACUUUAUCCAUUUAAUCAACUCUGUGCAAAAGUCCUGGAGGGCUGCGCCCCACCCCGAGCACGAGAUGUACACUUUACAGGAGCUGCACUACAGAGCGGGGGGGCCCGCCUCUCGAGUCCCUGUGCGUGUCCGCCCUGCACCUGUGACUGCCGACUUGGCCAAGGUGGCUGCAGCUCUGCCUGAGAGCUGGGACUGGAGAAACGUUGGUGGUGUGAACUUUGUUAGUCCUGUGAGAAACCAAGCGGCAUGCGGCAGCUGCUACUCCUUUGCCACCAUGGGAAUGCUGGAGGCGCGUGUUCGAGUCCUGACAAACAACAGCCAGACUCCUGUUUUCAGUCCUCAGCAAGUGGUGUCCUGCUCUGAAUACUCUCAAGGUUGUGAUGGAGGGUUCCCAUACCUGAUAGGGAAGUAUUCUCAGGAUUUUGGGAUUGUGGAGGAGUCGUGCUUUCCAUAUAUUGCCAAAGAUUCUCCGUGCGGUGUUCCUCAAAACUGUGGGCGCGCGUACACAGCCGAGUACAAGUACGUGGGUGGGUUUUAUGGCGGCUGCAGUGAGAUGGCCAUGAUGAAGGAGCUGGUCCACCAUGGGCCCAUGGCAGUCGCCUUUGAGGUCUACCCUGACUUCAUGCACUAUGCCGGGGGCAUCUACCACCACACAGGCCUGGCUGACCCCUUCAAUCCCUUCGAGCUGACCAACCAUGCUGUGCUGUUGGUGGGCUACGGUCGCUGCCACAAGACUGGGGAGAAAUACUGGAUCGUCAAGAACAGCUGGGGAACCAGCUGGGGAGAGAACGGCUUCUUCCGUAUCCGCAGAGGAAGUGACGAGUGCUCCAUCGAGAGCAUCGCCGUUGCAGCCACGCCCAUCCCAAAACUGUAGAAGUUAAAAAGUCAUCUGGUUUGACUUCAUGUGCUGCUUGAGGAUUUUCAGAAUUAGGUUGUUUGCUUUUCUCACUCAUCCAUCAAAGGGAGUAAAAAUUGCACGCUAACAGGAAAGUGACAGAUUUCACAUUUCUUGUUCAUCCAAAUUUUUUUAAUCAGAAACUUUUGAGUUUUAUUUUAAUUUUUAGAUUUUUUAUCAGUGUUCACAUGCUGAAUGUUUGCAGUCGUGAUAAAAAUAGGUACACAGUAACUGGUUAACUAAAGAAGUGCCACAAACUAAACGUUUACGUGACGUAAAAGGGACUCGGAGAGACUUCCAAUGAUGCGAUAUUUCUCUGGAUUAGCUUUUAAAGCUGAGCCUUCAUCAUCGUUUUUGGUUUGAUGUUUGCUGAUUAAACCAAUCACUUGUGUGUCGAAUCAAGCUGUAACUGCCUGUGCCAACUUAAAUCAGAGCAGAUUGGAACAAGCUUCAACACUUGAAGGGAACUGAAGAGUCUGUGUUUGAUUGUCAUUGAACAAAUUAGACCCUUUUUUCUUUCUCAGGAAGACAAAGUAGAGAAUUUGCUCCAUCUGCCCUUGUUGACACCGCGGCUGCCACAAAUGUCUGCUCCUCAGGAGAAUUCAGGGAGAAUGUCUCAUGGGAUGAGAAGAUUUUAUUUUUUAUUUCGUGUCAUUUUUUUAAGAUUCAUGUACUAAAAAGAUUCAACUGAUGUGUGGCGUGUUGUGAAUGUUUCUUACAAAAUCCCUUAUGAUUUUACUUUUCUUUUAGCAGAUUUCUUUUUAAUGGUUAUAAUAUUUUAACGGCAAAAAAGAAUAUUUUUUUCUUAUAGUGAGGUUCUUAAUGGAAGAAUCUGAAAACAUUUGAAACUUUUAAAACGUUGUGUGCAGACUUGGCUGCAGUCUUAUAUAAUUUUCUCCAUAAAAAGAGAUGAAAAUAAAAAACUGCUGUAAAAAAAAAA